GGGCACGCUCCCAGCCCAUGUCGGGGUCGUUCUCGGCCGGCAGUGGUGCUGGUGCGCCCCUACCCCGCGCGGCCCGAGGUUAAUCUUCCUCAUCGCUCUCAGCUGCUCAGAUCGCGAGGCCGCGGGAAGGACUUCCGGCAGAGUCCGGAGCGGGGCGGAGAUGGAGUCAGUGGUCUUUGAGGAUGUGGCUGUGGACUUCACCCCAGAAGAGUGGGCUUUGUUGGAUCUGGCUCAGAGGAACCUCUACAGAGAUGUGAUGCUGGAGACCUUCAGGAACCUGGCCUCAGUGGGAGAAAACUGGAAAUGCCAUAGCAUUGAAGAUCAGCAUAAGAACCAGAAAACACAUUUGAGAUGGUGUGUGGUGGAGAUACCCUCAGAAAAUAAUGAAAGUAAUCAAUGUGGAGAAACCAACCAGAUUUCCAAUCUUGUUGUACAUAAGAGACUUUCUACUGGAGUAAAAUCCUAUGAAUACAAUAAGUUUGAAAAACCCAUCAUGGAUUCUUCAUCCCUCAAGAGUCCCAUAGCAUCAUCUCAACAUGGACAAAAACCCUAUCGAUGUAAGGAAUGUGGGAGAACUUUUAUUUCUUACUCAGCCUUUGGGGCACACAUAAGAGCUCACACUGAAGAGAAACCCUAUGCAUGUAAAGAAUGUGGAAAAGCCUUUAUAUAUUUCUCCAAACUUAGAGUCCAUAUAAGAACUCACACUGGAGAGAAGCCUUAUGAAUGUGAAAAAUGUGGGAAAACCUUCAGAUCUCCCUCAAACCUUUGGACACAUAGAGAAACUCAUACUGUUGAGAAACCCUACGCUUGUAAAGAAUGUGAGAAAUCCUUCUCUUCUCCUUCUUCCCUUAGAAAACAUGUGAAGGUUCACAGUGCAGAAAAAGCCUAUGAAUGUAAGGAAUGUGGAAAAGCCUUCCUUCAUUCUUUUUACCUGAUCAUACAUGCAAGGAUGCACACUGGAGAGAAAGCCUAUAGAUGUGUGGAAUGUGGGAAAGCCUACAGCUGGCCCUCAGACCUUAGGAUUCACAUGAGGACACACACUGGAGAAAAGCCUUAUGAAUGUAAACAGUGUGGAAAAUCUUUCAGUUCACCUUCAUCCUUUAAGGGACAUUUGCGAACUCACACUGGAGAGAAACCUUACGCGUGUAACAAAUGUGAGAAAGCCUUCAGUAGUCCUUCAUACUUUAGAACACAUGUGCGAAUUCACACUGGAGAGAAACCCUAUGUGUGUAAGCAAUGUGGGAAAGCUUUCAGUUGGUCGUCAUCUUUUCGAGGACAUUUGAGAACUCACAGUAGAGAGAAACCCUAUGAAUGUAAGGAAUGUGGUAAAGCCUUCAGUAGGCUUUCAUCCUUACAAAGACAUGUGAGAAUUCACACUGGGGAGAAACUCUGAAUGUCAGCAGUGUGGGAAAGCCUUCUAUACUCCCCUAUCCUUAAAAAAACGCAUGGAAACUCAGGAGGGAAACUCCAUGCCAGU